AUUAGUUAACUAAUUAUUUAUUUAUUUAUUUAUUUAUUUAUUUAUUUUAUUUAUUUAUUUAUAUAUAUUUUUAAAAGUUAUUAUUAUAAUUUAAUAUGUUAUAAUAAAAAAAAAUAAUGUAUAAAAUAUCAGCAAUUUUAUUAAUGGUGUGUUUCCUAUUAUCAAUAGUAAAUCACAUCGCUUUUUCGGCAGAGCCAAUAACUACAACACCAAUACUUACAGAUCCACCAACUACUUAUCCACCAACUACUUAUCCUCCAAAUACCGAUCCUCCAGGGGAACCAAAUUGCAUUGGUGUAGAAUGUCCAGUAAUUCCAUGUGAUCCAGGAUUUAUUCAAUAUAUACCACCCGGUGAAUGUUGUCCAACAACCUGUGUAUGUGACCCAUCAACUGUUUGUCCAUUAUUAGGUUGUGAACCAGGAUAUGUUCCAUAUACCCCGCCAGGUCAAUGUUGCCCAACAAAAUGUGUUUGUAAUGCUACAUUCCCAUGUCCAUUGUUAGGUUGUGCUCCAGGUUAUAUUCAAUAUACUGCUCCAGGUGACUGCUGCCCAUCAAAAUGUGUUUGUGAUCCAUCAUACCCAUGUCCAUUAUUAGGUUGUCCUCCAGGUUAUAUUCAAUAUACUGUUCCAGGUGAUUGUUGUCCUUCUCAAUGUGUAAAAGAUUGUGAUCCCCAAACUCCAUGUCCAUUAAUAGGUUGUGCACCAGGUUAUGAACCAUACACUGCACCUGGGGAAUGCUGUCCUUCAAAAUGUGUUUGUAAUGCAACAUACCCAUGUCCAUUAAUUGGUUGCGCUCCAGGAUACAUCCCAUACACUGCCCCAGGUGAUUGUUGCCCAAGUAAAUGUGUUUGUGAUCCAACAACACCAUGUCCAUUAUUAGGUUGUGCUCCAGGUUAUAUGCAAUAUACAGCUCCAGGUGAUUGUUGCCCAUCAAAAUGUAUCUGUGACCCAUAUUACCAAUGUCCAUUAUUAGGUUGUGCUCCAGGCUAUGUAGCUUAUACCGCUCCUGGUGCAUGUUGCCCAUCAAAAUGUGUUUUAGUAGUUUAUGACAAAAAACAAUAAAUUAAUUAAUUUAUUAUUAUAUCAAGGAUUU